CGAAUUGAAGCACGUUUCGAAAAGCAUCGCUUUACAGUGCUAUUACUACUGCUUGAGUCGUUAACACGCGUCCAGUCUUGGUGCGAAAAAUUCAGGGUCGACUGACACUGCAGGAGGACCAAAUUGCUUCAGCUCCUAUAUCUGUGAAGAAAUAAUUGACGCCAUGAAACUGAUCCAGUGGGCCUUCCCGGUGUUGCUGUUGGUCCUCCUCGCCGACGCCAUAGACUUCCGGAGGCCGAGGACGAGGACGGGCGAGGGGGAUGGGAUACCGGCUCUCCUGCAGGAAAUGCUCAGCAUCUCUAAUGACUUCCAAGGGUCGUCGAGCAAGGGCCUUCAGUACUACUUGACCAACUACGGUCCCUUGGCGAGAGUGAUAGUCACCGACGUCAUGGACUCGUUCGGCAUCGCUAAGAAUAUGCAGAUGGCAAUUCCGAUCAUCGUGAAGAUGCUGGUCAUUGGCGUGUACGGAGUAAUGCAGUUCGAGCCCAGUCUGUCGAAUUUCCAAAGGACGAUUCAAUCUUCUUACCUUUUUCUCCGCAAUUUCAACACUCCAGAACUGCGUAUGGUGAACGACAUAACAGACCGGGUGUUCGAUGUUAUAGAUGAGUCGGCCUUCUUGAUAUAGCCUGUGUGGUGAGAUGGAGAUGGUGACUGUGCUGAUGAGGAUGUGUAAUAAAGGUGAAUUAUGUA